AUGCACUUGGCGAGAGCUGCAAGCAGAUCUACUGAGUCAUCUCCCCCAGUCCCGGGGAGGCGCAUCCGCAGGGCUCCGGCUUCCCCGAGGGGCACUGCUGUCCUUGUCGCCGGCAAAGACCACGGAGUGGAGCAAGGAAAGAAACAGGGACGGACAAUAACAACUACAAAAAUAAAAAAUAAAAUAAACCAAAACGGGGGGGGGGGGCCGCAGCGUCAAAUCGUCCCUCUCCCGUUGCGCGACCUGCAGUGCGCGCCGCGGCGGCUGACUGAGAAGGAGGAACGACGGGCGCGGGACUUGCGCCGACGCGCAACCCGCCGCGGAGGAGAAGGAACGGAGCGAGGGAUGAGAAGCGGCGCCAGCCACUGUCGUUCCCAGCGCGGCGCUUCCAACCUCCGAUGCCGCCGCUGCGAGUCCCCGGCGCAGGAGCGCGGCCGGCGGCAGCGCGCUGCCUACGCUGCCGUUCAAAGAGCGGAGAGCAGCGGCAGGGCCCGGAGGCACGGGGCUCCCCCUCACCCUGCCCGCCGCUGCGAGUGCCGCACCCCGGGGGAGCGCGGCGGCAGGAGCUGCGCGGCAGCGGCCACCUCCGCGCUGCGGCGCGGGAAGGGGCCGGGCCGUGCUCCCACUGGCGCGGAGCUCCGUGCACAACUUUCUGCGGGUUCCUUGCUAGGAAGGAGGCCCGGAGGUGCUUCCGCACUAGGUUCCCACCGGCCCUUCCCACGGUUUCUUGAGGAAGGAAUUGCAGAUCCGGCGACGCAAUUUGGUGGAAAAGGAUCUGAUUCCCGGGACGGAAACUUAGCACUCAAGUGGGAGCUUAGAAACGCGGGCUCGGUGGCUACUCUGCUCAGGUCACCCUUUUUGGCCGAGGAACCGGUCCCUGCGGUUGGGUCGGGCCGCAGGGCCCUUGCAGAGCCGCAGAGUUACUUGCGGUUCCGAGCAGGGCCGGGCCGGGCCGGGAGGCGAGGGCCGGGGCCGGGCGGGGGCAGGCGGCGCUCGGAGGGGCUGCGGCGGCCGCGGAGCCCCUGGGCAGCCGCGCUGCGGCCGCAAUCCUUCCCCGGUCCCGACCCCUGCGCCCGCCGCAUCGGCCGCCAACCUUUCCGUCUCGCCUCCGAGAAGCGCCUCGGACACGGGAGAAACGUGAGAGUAAAGGCUGGGGACGGGGGUUUCAAAGCAGAAAAGCCGACGAGUGCUCGGAAGUUGGAAAUCGGCCACCGCUUCUCUGGGGGCUAUUUCAGGAGGAGGUCCCGGCAGACAUUUCGGGUUUCGCAAGGAGAGCGGUUUCCUGACAGACGGACGCACAGGGAACAGGCUUCUGGGGGAAAUCCUGCCGCGGCCUGGGGGACGCCGCCGCUGUCCCACGGCGCCCGGGCGGCCCGGCUCGGCGGACGGGGAUGGACGCACAAAUGGACGGAUGGAUGGAUGAGCGCUGCCAGGAGCAGUGAUGUCGGCAAUAAUUACAUAGAUACGGGCUCUGGUACUACAAAAUCUAUAAUGAAGGACAGCUAAUCUGAAUGGGAACAGGACUGGGCCCACAAUCCCUGAUUCUCUCUUAAACAUCAGCCUAAACAUGGUAUUUUUGAAGUCGAAAAGCUCACCAUAAUUCAUUAUUAUAUGAAAAUGUACCAGUUUUGAAAGUCAAAAAGAUAUAACACAAUGGAUAUAAUUACUGCUAAAUUCAAUAAAGAAAAAUUAUCAUGACCGAUGCUUAUUCACCUAAAUGAAUUGUUUUAUCGUUUGUACAAAAGGCCAAGUGUGCCAGCUACCUGCAACAGCUCUUAAU